AUGUCAGCUGCAGGUGGAAACUCUCAGCAAGGAGCGAUGCUGCGGCUGUUUGGCUGGCUGGCACAGUUGCACACCAAGAUAUCACAGGAGUCAGGGACUGCAGUUAACUUCGCUGUCAAUCUGGAGGUUUCCAACCCACUUAAGAUGUACGGCCUGUACUUAGAAGCAGUGAACGAUUACAUAAAUGAAUCCUAUGGAGAGGAUGUGUGGAGGCUGAUCGAGAACCGAGCCGAGAUACCACACCUCAAGUUUGUCCGACAUCAGAUGUACAAUGACAACCUGAUCCUGCGGUUGGCGAAGGCAGCAGGAGAGGUUCUGGGAAAGACCCACGAUGAGCUGAUGUACGCCUUCGGGGUCUAUAUGGUCAAGAGGAUCGGAAACUACGGAUAUGAGCGGAUCUUAAAGGUUUUGGGGCGAAAUGUGCGCGACUUCAUCAACGAGCUGGACAACCUGCACGAGUACUUUCGCUUCUCCUUCCCCAAAGUGCAGCCGCCGAGCUUCUGCGUGGAGGAGGAGUGCGAGACGAGCCUCACGCUGCACUACCGCAGCACCCGCAAGGGCUUCACUCAGUUCGUCAAAGGGCAGCUCUCUCAAGUGGGACGGCAAUUCUACAACACAGAUAUCGAAGUGGAAAUUCUGUCUAAAGAGGAGACGGAGAAAAUGACGUAUGUGGUUUAUAAGAUGAACUUCGACAACGCUGCCUUCAAACACCGCAUGCCCCAGCAGAAAACGGCGCCAGGCUACGAGAAGCUGCCGAUGAAGCAGGGCAUCUUUUUCGACAUGUUCCCCUUCAGCGUCAUCUUCCGCCGCGACAUGACCAUGUACCGCAUCGGUGACGGCCUCAAAGAGGUCUUCUCCGACCUCCAGGGCAAGAAGGUCAACGAGGAGUUCACCCUGAUUAGACCCAUGCUGGAGUUCAGCUGGGUUAAUAUCUACACCCAUUUGAACAAUGUGUUUGAGCUGUUGUCUAAAGCGGUGGUGGAGAGCAAGCAGAAGGUCAACAUCCCCAAACUGAGCAAGGAGGAGCCCGAGGAGAAGGAGGAGAACGAGAGGGAAGAAGAAAGAGUCAUCCAUCCUCUCACUGAUUCUGUUGCUCUCCCUCCAUCAGAGGCCAACGAAGUGGAGGAGAUGAAGGGCUCAGACCAAGAGUACAGCGGCGCUCUCACCCAAUACAACAGCUCUGCAAACUCUGGAGGGGAAGAUAUUGAGCUGCUGGCGUUCCAGACUGUCACCGGAAAGGUUAGUGAGACCAUCUUUGAGGACAUGCGGGAGCCUCCAAAGAAACCUCUCCACCUGAAGGGCCAGAUGAAGUACGUCCCCCAGUGGGACUCCCUCAUCUUCCUGGGGACACCAAUUAUAGAGACCGUGGAGGACAUGAUAAAGAUGGGUGUGUAUGUGAAUGAUCUGAACCUGCAUGACUCCAGCAGAGAGCUGAUUUUGGCCGGGACACAACAAUCGGCUGAGCUGCAGCUGGCCCUCGACCAGGAGCAACAAAAAUAUGCUCAGCUGAUGUUAAUCAUCAAGAAGCUGGACGAAGAGAAGAAGAGAGGAGAUUCUUUGCUGUACGCCAUGAUCCCUAAAGCUGUGGCCGACCGCCUCAGGAAGGGGAUCACUGCACUGGAGACAUGCCAGGUCUUCCCAGAUGUUACCAUCCUGUUCAGCGACGUGGUCAAGUUUAACGAGAUCUGCAUCCACAUCACACCCAUGCAGGUGGUGGACAUGCUCAACGAGAUCUACAUCGUAUUCGACACGCUCAGCGAGAAGCACAACGUCUACAAGGUGGAGACGAUUCGUGAUGCUUACAUGGUGGUGGCGGGCGUGCCCAACAAGACCACCUUUCACGCGCACCACAUCUGCGACAUGGCCCUGGACAUGCUGAGCUCUAUCGACCACCUUAAAGACCCCUCCACCGGGGAUAACAUCCAGAUCAGAGUCGGUGUUCACUCAGGUAUGGUGGUAGCUGGCGUGGUGGGUCUGAAGAUGCCUCGCUACUGUCUGUUUGGCGACACUGGCAUGCAGAUACACAUCAGUCAGACGACCAAAGACCACCUGGAACAUGAGCCCUAUAGCAUUGAGGAGAGGGGCAAAAUAUUUGUGAAGGGUAAAGGCUACAUGAAGACCUACUGGCUAAAAGGAAAGAGAGAUCUAUCGUUCAAGACCCCGGCAGAGCUGCGCUACAGCGGUGAACAGAAGGACUCUGAGGACAAGAGCUCUAAUGGUUCCAUAAGCAUCAAUGCUAAGUGCAUGGGCUCCAACGUCCUCAUCACCAACAAUGAGGAGCAAGCUGAAAGGAAGCCGAGCCCCAGCGACCUCCCCCUGGACACCCUGCCCCCACCAGAGGCCUCCAACGAACCCAUCGCCGUUUCAGCCGAGCCUCCGGAGAAGGAGAAAGACAAAAAGACUAAGAACAACAAGGGGGCCAGGCUGGAUGUGCCCCAAGGAAACACACUGCCGGAGUUUUCGCCGCCCGCUGAAGGGCUGGAGAACCCGGGUCCAAUACUUAAAAUGAAGAGAAACAGCGUCAGGCAUCAGUACGUCAAGCUGCCCACCAACCUGCCCAUGCGCAGCGCCUCCUGCUCCAUUCUGUGAGCAGACGAUGAUUGUAGUGUGAGAUUGCGAGACGACUCCAACAUGCGACGACGGUGUGAUACGGAAAAUAUCAUUGAAGUUUAAUCAGGGGCAAAACAAAACCGGCACUUCAGCAUUUUCAACAUUUAUGGUUAAUGACUGAUCUGCACGUUGAAUGCCAUAUCAUGCCAAGGGGUUGAGAGAGAUAUAGGACUUUUGUGACAUUAUGAUUAAAAUAAGACUUAAAUGGCGACUUAAACUGAAAAAUAAAUUUUUAACAUUUCCCACUAAAGUUCCCUUUAAUUAAGGUAAAGUUUGUGCAACAUUUAACGCUUCAAAUUCUUGACAAUCAGAUGCUGUUAUCUUGAUUGCUUAUAAAAGAUGCACUAAAAGUUUAAUUAUACUUUAAAAAAAAUAUAAAAUGGAUAAAACCAGCAUGUUUUUCCUUUGUUUCAUUAAAUUCAUGCAUCAGAGGAUUUGCCCAGUAUAGAAAUUGGUACUUUUUUGGAUAUAUCAACACCCCGAAUACUUUAAAUUUACAUGUUUCACAACAGGUUUCACAACAUGCUUCCUUAUGACGACUGUUUCAAAGAAAAGGAAGUACAAUGUCCUCUACACGCAAACACUGCACAGAGAAACAGAGAACUUUAAAAUUGUACUACAGGUGUUGACAGCCAUGACAAUUACUUUAUUUCUGAUUUUCUUUAUGCUAUCUGCUGUGUUAUUUUUUGCAGCUCUACAAGCCAUUCAUGAAGUCACUGCUAUUACUUCUACAGGAAUUAUGUUUAAAAUGUAUAAUGACAACAAAUUACAGGAUGUUUUGUAAGAUUAAAGUAAGCCAGGCGGGAGCAUACACAGAAACAUAAAAACUAAAUUAUAUGGAUGCUUCAUGAGAGGUUGUAUUUUAUUUUGUUUAAACUAGGCAUAUAGUCAUUUGGUAGGCAUUUGGUUGGACCUUCACACAGAGUCUUAAAGAGUUUCGGUUCUAUUUCCUGUAUGUAACUGACUGCAUUUGUUUCACUGUAUGAUAGUGUUUAUUUAUAUAAAACUGU